AUGUCUACUAUUGCACCCACCGUCGCGAGGCAGGCCCUGCGCAUUGCCUCUCGUCGAUACCCUUCGUCUGCGUUUUCUCGUGUUUCUAGCAUCCGCCGGCACUAUGUCUCAGAGUCCAAGCCGGCACAGGCUACCGUCUCAAACGCCUCUCCUCUUGAGUCCGCCAUCAAGAAGGAGCAGCGCAGUUUCCUCAAGGAGACGGGAGAAAGAGCAGAGGAUGCAACCAUGCCAACAACAGGCAUGGGCGCUGAUGCCAUGAUGAGUCCUUCUGCUGGCAUUCUCAAGCAGGCAACCGUCAUGGAUCAGGGCUCACGGCCCAUCUACCUAGACAUGCAAGCCACAACCCCCAUGGACCCGCGCGUAGUAGACAAGAUGAUGCCCUACAUGACCGGCAUGUACGGUAACCCCCAUUCGCGAACCCACGCGUAUGGGUGGGAGACCGACAAAGCCGUAGAGGACGCCCGCGCCAACAUUGCCAACCUCAUCGGCGCAGACCCAAAGGAGAUCAUUUUCACCAGCGGGGCUACUGAGAGUAACAACAUGAGUAUCAAGGGUGUUGCUCGCUUUUUUGGGCGAAGCGGCAAGAAGAAGCACAUCAUCACAGCACAGACAGAGCACAAGUGUGUGCUUGACAGCUGUAGACAUUUGCAAGAUGAAGGCUUCUCCGUUACUUACCUGCCAGUAGGAAACAACGGUCUCAUCGACAUGGCCCAGCUCGAGGCCGCGAUCCGUCCCGAUACCGCCAUUGUCAGCAUCAUGACCGUCAACAACGAGAUUGGUGUUGUACAACCUGUCGAGGAGAUUGGAAAGCUCUGCCGAUCGAAGAAGGUCUUCUUCCACACCGAUGCGGCGCAAGCUGUCGGCAAGAUCCCCCUUGACGUCAACAAGAUGAAUGUCGACUUGAUGUCGAUAUCAGGCCACAAGAUCUACGGACCCAAAGGCAUUGGCGCGUGCUAUGUACGAAGAAGGCCUAGGGUCAGGCUCGACCCCAUCAUCAGUGGCGGUGGUCAAGAGCGAGGACUGCGAAGUGGAACAAUCGCACCUCCUCUUGUCAUCGGCAUGGGCGAAGCCGCACGGAUUUGCAACGAAGAGAUGGAGUACGACACCAAGCGCAUUUCGGCGCUGUCGAACCGUCUCCUCGAAGGCCUGCUAUCACUCGAGCACACCACACUUAACGGUGACAGGGAGCGACAUUACCCCGGGUGUGUUAACGUUUCUUUCGCCUACGUUGAGGGUGAAUCGCUCCUCAUGGCACUGAAAGACAUCGCCCUCUCUUCGGGUAGCGCCUGUACUUCGGCGUCGCUUGAGCCUAGCUACGUGCUCCGAGCGCUUGGCAGUAGCGAUGAGAGUGCGCAUAGCAGUAUCCGCUUCGGUAUCGGACGCUUCACUACAGACUCUGAGAUUGACUACGUGUUGAAGGCGGUCCAGGAGCGAGUCACAUUCCUCCGCGAGCUGAGUGUUGAGGGGUUCAUGUUGGGAGAGGCAUGGACCGUGCUCUAUGGCCAUCAUCUAACCAGUAUGCCAUCAUCGAUCAGUUACAACAUGGCCAGCGACAAAGUACUCAACUGGCUGUACAGCGUACUCAUUAAUGAAUACUCAGACGUAAAUCGUACAUAUCACGACGCGGCCGAGGCACUGUCCAACUACCCGUCGCUUGCGCCCAAGACAGAGCCAUACACAUACGAGAAUGGGUCUUCAGCGCUCCUACUGCUUCUCAGCGGCACGCUGCCCGUCACGUUUCGCGGCGCAACAUACGGCUUUCCGGUAGCGAUAUGGGUGCCUCACUCAUACCCUCGAGAACCACCCAUCGUAUACGUCACGCCCGCGCAGGACAUGGUCUUGCGACCUGGACAACAUGUGAGCACCGACGGUAGAAUCUACCACCCGUACCUGGCACAAUGGGCAAAAUACUGGGAUAAGUCUACGCUCUUCGACUUCCUGGCCGUGCUAAGAGGCGUCUUCGCGAAAGAGCCGCCCGUGCGAUCGAGGCAACAGCAGCCUCAGUACAAUGCGCCUGCGCAACAAGCACCGCCUCCAGUACCCCCUCCGCCAGCUGAAUGGCGUCGCUCAGUACAAGGCAUGCCAGGCGCAUCCUCGUCCCCUGUUCCACCGAAUCAAGCUCCAGCGCCUCCUCCAAAGCCACCGAAACCUCAUGAACAGGGCCGCUCCACACCUCAGACGCCACAGGGUCGGUACUCGCAACCCCCUCCUCUACCACCCCACCCUCCGCAACAUCCACAGUCGCAGCAGCCAUACCAGCAGAACCAGAACAGCAGAUAUGAUGCGCCGCAACAAUGGCAACAGCAGCCUUCGAGCCAGCAAUAUGCGCCGAGUCGACAGGGUGGUUACAAUCAAGGCUCAGGGCCUCAGCAUCCUCAAACCCAUGCGCAUGGCUUCCCUCCGCAAUCAGUACAAAGUAGCAGUCCUAUGAGCCCCAUGGCACCUAAUGGCCAGCCAACAGCUGCCCAGUUCUCGAGAUCAGGGCCUCCACAACCUCCCAAUUUCCAGCAAGCGCAACAGUACCAAGCACCCCCGCAAUCUCAACAGCAGUACAGACAAUCCCAACCGCCACAACAAUAUCAGCCGCCGCCGCAGGGUUACCCGCCACAACAGCAUCAUCAGUUUCAGCAGUAUCAACAACAACCUCAGCAGGCGCCACCAGCCCCUAAGCCCCCAAUCGACCUUCUCGAUGACUCGCUCGAAGUUACCUUGCCAUCACAGUCUGGCAACCAGAUUCCCUUACCGGUACCACCUGUUCCUCCAAACCCUGAAAAAGAUGCGCUUCUCCGGGCUUUGAGUCAAACACUGGUUUCGCAGAUUCGACAGACAGUCUCUUCCAACAUGGCUGCGGUAGCGCCACUUCGCGCGCAACAAGCUGCUCUCCAGGCUGCCUACUCUCGACUACAAUCAGAACUUGGCGAGCUCCAGCAGCUUGACGCGGCGCUUGCGAACAACGAACAAGUGCUGAAAGGCGCCAUGGUAGAAGCGGACCGAGUCAUGGAGGAUGCACGAAGAAGAAAGGCACCAGAUGUUGACGACGUGCUAGUAGCGCCUACGAUAGUCGGAGGGCAACUUUACAUGCUUGCCGCAGAAGAAAAGGGUAUUGCAGAUGCCCUAUUCGUUCUAGGUCGCGCUUUGGACAAGGGGCGCGUUAGUACUGAUGUAUUUGUCAAGCAAACCAGAAGUCUCGCUCGUGAGCAAUUCUUGAAAAAAGCGCUGGUCAAGAAGAUUGCAAAAGGCAUGGCUUUGGAUGAGUAUCAGAUGCAUUGA